CACACAUCUCUCUCUAACAUGCUCAACACACGCACACGUCUACGCCUUUAUAUAAAUACACAAACACAUGCACACGAAUCUUUAAGCUUCUUCACAGAUUCAAGAAACCCUCUUAAAGAAAUCUAAAACUUUACCCUUUUUAUCGCAAAACCACAAAUCUUUUUUUUUUCUUUAGCUUUCUUGAUUUCCAAAUCUUGAUUAUUUAGUCGUUGCUUCAAGAACUCGUUUACGUUCGCGUGCGUACGUUUAUGUCGACGACGAUGAAGAGACCGGGCUGCAGCUCAGAUUCCGACGAUCGACGGCGGCAGCCCAGUCGUCUACAAAAACGUCCUCCGGCGUUAAACAUCGUUCCGGCGACUCCGGCCGCUAAUAGCUGGAAAACGGCUAUACCUCUCCUCUCGCCGUUAGCUCUUUCACCUGAAUCAUCACUCGUCGACCAACCACCGGUUGAGAUUCAGAAGACGGCGGCGGCGGUUGAGAAAACGCCGGUUUUCAAGAAAUGGCAGCAUCCGGCGGCGCCGUUCUAUUACGAGUCAUCGACGUUUGUUCCACCGUUUGUUCCGGUUUAGUUUUUGGUUUAGAGAUCCAACGGCUCAAAAGUACAGUUUUUUUUUCUUCUAUGUUUGGGUUUUGUGUAGAUCUAACGGCCCAGAAAACGCGUUUUGUUUUAACAACUCGCGUUUUUAUUUUACUAUUUUGUGGUUGGAACAAACGCGAUUUUCGUUUAGAAUUUAAUAAAUGAGUACGAUUGUUAUAUUAAUUAGCAUGUUUAUUAUGUUACUACUGGUCUUGUGGUCCGAACGUAUAAGCAAAAGUCCAAUUUAGUUA